AUGGCUGUUUGGUGUGGAGUCACCCCUCUCCCGCUGGUCUGCUCUCGACCGCCAUUGCGUCUCUGUCCUGCCGACCCAUCAUCUCCAGCCCCUCAGGUAUGUUUACGUGACUCGUGUGUGUCGCGCCAUAGCAUGUCGCUACCUAUAUGAUUGGUCCUUGGUUUUGGCCCAUCGUAUCCACGCUAUGAUUUGAUGGUGUUGAUGCGAUAUUGGCCAUGGCUCAGUGCAGUGGGCCGAGCUCCAUGCUACCGUUACACGGUGCCUGUAGCUCGCAGUCUACGCUUGACCAUGACGGACACCGCAUCACGCCUGGACCACGUGCACAGCGUCACAGGUAUGUACACGUGCACCGCAUGAGCUCUACUACACACCCGCACAUCGCUUUCCCAUGUUGGUUGGCUUCAGUGUGCCCUCGGUGCGUGUUCGUUACGUCAUGCGGAUGGAUUGCCAUUGUUCGGUCGUCGUAGCUCAUACGCCGGUAUGCAUCUACACUCUACCUGCUCGAUGAGCCACGACCAUGCGCACCACUGGCUUGUAUGGCAUCUCGUGAUGUGUGCAGGUUGGUUUGGUUGUAUCUAUGGUCUUGGUUGUUUGUCGGGUCGCUUGGGACACACUUCUCGCUACUGCUGGUAUGCUCACGCACUUGUGGUGCGGAUCAUCCAUCCUAUCACUGUCUGUGUGCCUCCGGUGGUUCAGGUUGUCGUGUGUCGUGGUGCCUGACGGGUUCACACUUACUGCGGGGUGCGCAUCCAUUGUAUCUGGUACGUCACCUCCACACACACGCCUUAUUGCGUGGCACACACCAUCCAUCUCUCUCUCUGUGUGGGCGUGUGGCUGGUGGUGCAGGGUGCUGGGGUGUUGGUCGUGUCGUGUGUUGGUUGUCUGGGUUGA